GCGGCGCCGGGUGUGUGUCGGUGCCUCCCGCCAGCUGCAGCCAGAGGUGCCGAGCGCAGCCGAGCCCCGGCCCCAGCUGCCGCGGACGGACCGGGCCGAACCGAACCGAAGCGGGCCGGGCCGGGCAGAGCCGAGCCGGCGGCCGGCAGCCCCGCGCAGAGCAUGGCCGAGCCGCCGGCGGCGCCGGGCCCCGAGGGCGAGGAGGGCCCGGUGCGCUUCGCCCGCAAGGGCGCCCUGCGGCAGAAGAACGUGCACGAGGUGAAGAACCACAAGUUCACGGCGCGCUUCUUCAAGCAGCCCACCUUCUGCAGCCACUGCACCGACUUCAUCUGGGGCUUCGGCAAGCAGGGCUUCCAGUGUCAAGUUUGCUGCUUCGUCGUGCACAAGCGGUGCCAUGAGUUCGUUACCUUCUCCUGCCCCGGUGCUGAUAAAGGCCCUGCCUCGGAUGAUCCCCGGAGCAAACACAAAUUUAAAAUCCACACGUACUCCAGCCCCACCUUCUGUGACCACUGCGGGUCGUUGCUGUACGGGCUUAUUCACCAGGGGAUGAAAUGUGACACCUGUAUGAUGAACGUGCACAAGCGCUGCGUGAUGAACGUCCCCAGUCUGUGCGGGACGGACCACACCGAGCGUCGGGGACGGAUAUACAUCAGGGCUGACAUCGAGAAGGAUGUGCUCACCGUCGUAGUAAGAGAUGCUAAAAACCUAGUUCCUAUGGAUCCCAAUGGCUUGUCAGAUCCCUACGUGAAGCUUAAACUAAUCCCUGACCCCAAAAACGAAAGCAAGCAGAAGACCAAAACUAUCAAGUGCUCCCUGAAUCCUGAGUGGAACGAGACAUUUAAAUUCCAACUGAAAGAGGCGGACAAAGACAGGCGGUUGUCUGUGGAGAUUUGGGACUGGGAUCUGACCAGCAGGAAUGACUUCAUGGGCUCCUUGUCCUUCGGGAUUUCUGAGCUGCAGAAGUCGGGAGUCGAUGGAUGGUUUAAGCUGCUGAGCCAGGAGGAGGGGGAGUAUUUCAACGUCCCGGUGCCUCCUGAGGGAGAAGAAGGAAAUGAGGAACUGAGGCAGAAAUUUGAGAGAGCCAAGAUUGGAACAGGGUCCAAGGCUGCGGAUGAGAAGACGACAAAUGCCAUUUCUAAGUUCGACAACAACGGGAGCAGAGAUCGGAUGAAACUUUCAGAUUUCAAUUUCCUGAUGGUGCUGGGAAAAGGAAGCUUUGGGAAGGUGAUGCUGGCGGAGAGGAAGGGCACGGACGAGCUCUACGCCGUUAAGAUCUUGAAGAAGGACGUCGUUAUCCAGGACGAUGACGUAGAGUGCACGAUGGUUGAAAAACGUGUCCUGGCUCUCUCCGGGAAGCCUCCGUUCCUGACCCAGCUCCACUCCUGCUUUCAGACGAUGGAUCGCUUGUAUUUUGUGAUGGAAUACGUGAAUGGUGGGGACUUAAUGUACCAGAUCCAGCAGGUUGGGAGAUUUAAAGAGCCACACGCUGUGUUCUACGCAGCAGAAAUAGCCAUCGGCCUCUUCUUCCUGCAGAGCAAAGGCAUCAUUUAUCGAGACCUAAAGCUGGACAACGUGAUGCUGGAUAGCGAGGGGCACAUAAAGAUUGCAGACUUCGGGAUGUGCAAGGAGAACAUCUGGGACGGGGUGACUACCAAGACCUUCUGCGGCACUCCAGACUACAUUGCACCCGAGAUAAUUGCUUAUCAGCCCUAUGGGAAGUCCGUGGAUUGGUGGGCAUUUGGAGUCCUGCUCUAUGAAAUGUUAGCUGGCCAGGCUCCCUUUGAGGGAGAAGAUGAGGACGAGCUCUUCCAGUCCAUCAUGGAGCACAACGUAGCCUACCCCAAGUCCAUGUCCAAGGAGGCAGUGGCGAUCUGCAAAGGGCUGAUGACCAAGCACCCUGCCAAGCGACUGGGAUGUGGUCCAGAAGGGGAGCGGGACAUCAAGGAGCACGCAUUCUUCCGCUACAUCGACUGGGAUAAGCUGGAGCGCAAGGAGAUCCAGCCUCCCUUCAAGCCAAAGGCUAAGGACAAACGAGACACUUCCAACUUCGACAAAGAGUUCACCCGGCAGCCGGUGGAGCUCACGCCCACGGACAAACUCUUCAUCAUGAACUUGGACCAGAACGAGUUUGCUGGAUUCUCCUACACUAACCCCGAGUUUGUCAUUAACGUGUAGUCGCGGCGCAGCCGCCGCCCGCCCUCUCCUCGCAGUCCGAAACUCCAGAUCGCCUUGUACAUACCGACACUAGUCUUCCGGGAUUAGCAGUGCAGACAUACAUACCCUCAUGCGAAACACGCCGACCGCUUGUUUUAGGAGGCCUUUCUAUGUCUGUGUCACUUGCUAGCUUGGUUUCCCUAGCUGGAGAUGUUUGGGGUUCGAGUUAACAGUCAGUAAUGCUUCUAGAAACUAUAGUUGGUGGUGACUAAUAGAGUUUUUAAACAGAAAUAUACCAAAUUGCUACAGUCUUUGUAAUUUUUGAAAUCGGAUGCUGAGAUUCCAGUGACCCUAGCUACUCACAAAUCGUUUCUGUUGAAUGCUAAGCAUGGUUGAUAUCUUAAACCGUUGUGCUGAAGCUUGCGAUGACUGUGAGCUUGUCUUAGAGGAGCCUUUUGUUCAAGACAUGGAUACAUUUGAUCAGUGUGGAAAAGUCUGCUUAUAGACAUAUAUUUUUAAAUGCAUUGUAUAUACCGUCAGCCUGGCUCACCGAAGCCGUCUUCCUCCCUCGCCUCCCGCAAGCCUGCGCCUCGCCAUACGGCCUUUCCUACACUCAGGCAUUAAGACUCCAAAAGAAUUCCAUGCCAGUUCUUGUAAAUCAGAGCAAAUCUUUUUCUAAGUGAAAGGUGGGAUUUUUUUUUAACAUCUGGAACAGUUUGCAGUUUUGAUACACUCUGUCAGCACUCUCAUAAAUCUUUCUCCUGUUUUUUCACAGACACUGUUGAAAUUUAACAGCUCUGUAAAGGAUAUUAAUAUUCUACCAAAACAAAACACGUUUAUAUUCUCGGUUUACAAUUUACCAACUGAAAAUAUGCCCGCUACAAAAGGGCUGUACUGAGGGCUAUUUAUAAAGGCAACUUUUCUACUUUACACCCUCUGCUAUUAUCUUAAAGGCUCAAACCCCAUGAAUUUUACAGGCAUCUUGAUUUACCUGAUUUCAGCCAAAAUUCCUGGGGGUUUUAUUCAGUAAUCCAGGACCUUCUGCAUCGUUUUAAAAAUUCUGAAUUAGGAGAGACAAUUCCAGGAGCUGUUUGUAAGGCAGAGCCACGCCGUGUGUGCAGCAGCGGUGCCAUGCGGGAGGGCAGGGGCAGGCAGGGGCUGCCCGUCGCUGGCCGGGUGGCAACUCUCACUCACUGUUGGGUUCGCAGCAGGGUGAGCCCCGAGUGUGAGCAUCCUUUGAGUCACUGGCUGUUAUCCCUCUCUUAUUACACAUUAGGUUGGUGGGUUUGCAAAAAAACCCCCCAUACGUAUAUUUUCUGAACCACUACCAAUUCUAAUGUAAAUACACAUUACUCCAUGCCUAUAGGGGAAAAUGGGGGUGGGAUUUUAUGAAUCACGAGGAAUCCUAUAAAGGAAAUUCUGGUUUGUAGAUCUUUUAUAAACAUCAAACUCUACCUUUUGAAAUUAUUUUCUUCCUUUAAUGGUUCAUUGGGGAAAAAAGGCUGCUAGAAGCUAAAGCUGAUGUCCCACCUGCCGGGGAGCAGCCGGCCGGGUGUCCUCCCCCCGUGAUUAAAUUGCAGGCAGGCAGUGCCCCAUGCAUGCUGGGGACGUGAGCUGCAAGUCCAUGGUCUUGGGUACUGACCUGGGCUGGAGGAAACAAAACAAAAACCCAGAAAAACUGCAAAUUGUGCCAGAUUGAUGAGAGGGUUUAUGAGACACUCUGCAUCAGACAAAGCCCAGGGAAGCCUCACCCGCGGGCUGGUUUCUGGUGAGGGUUCUCGUAACUCCACGUUUCAGAAGACGUCUCGCCAUCCUCUGCAGACCAGGGUCGAUGUUCAGAGCAUGUACGUUACUGUAACUUUCAAACCUGUCGCUGCAGAAUUAGUAUUACUUCAGUGGUGAAUGUUUUUCAUUUCCGUAUCCUCGGCUCUGAAGCCGUUCCCAGGGUCUGUGCAGGAUGCUGCUGUAGGGUCUCCUGUGCCGAGGGGCACCCCGGGGCCGUGGUUACACGCAGGGGCUGCUGGGGGGUAGGGGGGAGUUACGUCUUUUCUGUUUGGGACUUCUGUGUAUGUGUUGGGGUGACACCCCUGCAUGGAGCAGGCGUUGCUGAACUGCCGAGCGAGCCGGGCAGCCUCGGACGGGGCCCGCGGGGAAGCCGGGCCGGCAGCCGGCCAUGCUCGGCUGUGCCGUCAGGCAGCUUCGGUGUCAUCUUCGGGAUCUGCAGGGUUAAGAUCCAUGCUCCAGGGAGAGCUUAGAAAAGGCUAGGUCCUGUCUGCAGAGCUCGUACCUUGAGUAUUUCUGAUGUUGUCCGUUCUGCUACUUGCCAAACUCUUAUUUCAAGGUUUAUUUCCAGGUGACCUGUUUCUUCUGUGGAGAAAUGUAAAAUGGGAUAUGCCUGGCCCUGCACAGGCGUUGAGAUUUGUACAAACUCUUCCAAGGAAGGGCAGAGCAACAGCAGUUGACUCACUGUUUGCUGUAAUUUGAUGAUUUAAUCUUCACUAUUGGAUGGGGAAAGCAGCGCUUCAGGAAGAUGCUCAGAGCUGAGGGGCUUCAGGAGAGCCCUGUUAGUCAGUCCCCAGGUGCUCUGAUGCAAGGAUAAAGCCCAGUAAAGCGAUACUGGAGCAUGCUGCCAGCACGCUUGCACCCACUGUGCAGCAGGGCAGUGCCGGGGGGGACAAGGGAACAGGGUGAGCGAGCAGCAGGUGAGACAGGAGAAGGGUGCUCUGGGGGACAGAGGAGGCAUCUCAGCCUGCAGAUGCAGAGGAGAGAAAAAUCCCCAGGGGCUUGCAGGGUGCACCCUGACCGCUCGACUGCGUGCUGGAGGGGGUUUGGGGGCAAGUCCGGUGUCCUACACUGAGCAGCCUGGCUGCAGUGGGAUGGGCCGUGGGGUCCGGCGGUGGCAGGGUGGGAGCCAGAGCCCCGCACCUCCCCAGGUGAGGCAGGAGGAGGGAGGCAGGACAUCCACUCACCCCACCUGCCCAGGAUGGCAACUCCUGACUCUUUCUCCCGAGCUGGAUUAUACCUGAACGCUGCAGGUAAGUGGGGUUCAGGCUCCUCAGGUGGUUCCCUGGGGGGCAGGAUGGAUUAGGCAGUGUGUCCCCCCCCCCGGGGCGGUGUUGGCCCCUUUGCUGCUGGUCGGCGGCUGCAGCCGGGGCUGCGGCGGCUGCUCCGGGCAGCAGAACCUGGACGGCUCCUGCACCCAGCCGGGGGGCUGGGCAGCAGCGCGGGCUUUGCGAAGGAGACCGCGUGCUGUGUGGACACACGGGGCAGGAGGGCUGAGGCUCGUAGAGGCGAAGAAGUAACGGCUUGCGUUUACCCACUGGCUAAGGAUUUUGUUCCCAGUGCUGACAUUUGGAAAUACACCAGGAUACCUUGGUGCAGGACCAGAUUCCCAUUCCUGUCUGCAGGGAUGUUAGGGCUGCAAAUGCCGGUGCUCCCUGGGCGUGCCCUAGUCUUUCACUUGGACAUUUUGCCAAAGAAAAGGAGAGAGGACUGCGGCUGUUUGUCCGUGUUCCUGGUGUAAAGCACAGCCCGGCUUGAGCUGGGGAGCGGUGGCGAGGCUGCCGGGUGCCCGCAGCGGCGGAGCGCCGCUGGAGAGCUUGCAUGGCACACGGGGACAGCGGAAUAGCGGAGGGAGUAGAGGAGAGCCUGAGCAGGGACCUGCCCGAGGUCAGGGGCAGAGCCAGGGCUGGCUGCUGGGCUCAGCCUGAGGAAUCGCCUGGUCCGGGCGGUCUGCAGGACACUGCUGAGGGCUGUGGGCAGGCGCGGGGGGGGUUGGAAGCCCCGAUCCUCUCCGACUCUGCUGUCCUGCAGCUGCACAUGGCUGUUUGGGAUACAGCUGGUCCCAACCCAGCUGUCACACAGCAGUUCAGGGCGAGUCUGCACAGCCCAAACGUAGCUGCUCUCCAGCCAGUGCGUGCUGAGGGACUGCCCCAGUGCGGUGCCAUUUGCACGUGGCGAUGGGGACCUGCUGCUGCUGCUCUUAUCUCCCCUGGCUGGACAUCUGCGCAGCCUUCUCUUGAUGAAAGAGCCAUCACCAAAGGAGUUAUUGAUCCAUUUAAUAAAUAAAUGCAAGUUUGCAUAGCGGCCAACCCGUAUAGGUAGACUCAAAGAUAGGAAGAUGAGCGAGCACUCUGGGCAGUAGGUAUGCUCUGAUGAUUGUGAAUCCUGGGAGCUCUAAUACAAGUGAAGAACUAGGGUGGUUUCCAGCGCAGAGUGCAAGGAUCUAGCUGUUCAAAAGGUAGGGCUUAACAUCUGGAGUGUGGAACUAACUCAUACUAAGUGCUGCGGCUUCUCUGCUUUUGCAGAAGCAGAUGAGCCACUGAGCCUGCAACAGCAAAAGAAGCAACAAGCAUCUUGCUCCAUGCAUGGCAGUGUUAUCCAAGCUGUUUAUUUCUGAUCACGUUCAAAGUGGCAAUUAAGGAAAAAAAAAAAAAAAAGAAAAUGUUUAUUGUUGAACAGUUUGUGUUUGUGAAUUUGAUUUCACCUGCAAGUAUUUGAUGACUUUUCUACAUCCUAGACUACCUGCUGUGUGUUGUCAGAAAUUCUCAUAAAGACCUCCUUUUAGAUGGGCAUAUACUCUUUAUUCUAUUUGCUGCAUGUAUGAAAAAAUAAAAUAUAUAAUUUUAAAGAAA